GCGCGGCGGAGCGCACCCCGGUGACAUCUGUGUGACUACAAUUCCCAGAAUUCCCCGCUCAUCGCUUCCCGAAAAUCUGGCCGCUCUUUACAGUCGAGGGAAGAUGUGGAUCGCGGCGGUGGACUGAGUUCUCUCUCCUUAGCUGAUUCCAGCUGUUCAUUCUUGGGAGGCUUUGCUGGACUAUGAGCUCCAGUAAGACUCCUCGCUACAACCGUUUCUCUGGAGGAUCAGCCGUAGCCAACGCCAGUAUCCCCUCUGCAGACAGCGCCAACGGGACGAGAAUGGAGACCACAUUUGGACCUGCCUUUUCAGCAGUUUCAACGAUCACUAAAGCAGAAUCUUCCAAUAAUUACAAGCAGCACCGUCGGACGCCGUCGUCCUCGAGCACCAUGGCCUACACUCCACGUGAUGAGGACGACAGCAUGCCACCCAUCAGCACUCCGCGCCGUUCAGACUCAGCCAUGUCUGUGCGCUCCCUGCACUCCGAGUCAAACAUGUCAUUGCGCUCCACCUUCUCCCUGCAUGAAGAGGAGGAAGACACGGAGCCCCAGGUGUUUGCAGAGCAGCCCUCCGUCAAGCUCUGCUGUCAGCUCUGCUGCAGUGUGUUCAAAGACCCGGUGAUCACCACCUGUGGGCACACAUUCUGCCGCCGAUGCGCCUUGACCUCAGAGAAGUGCCCGGUGGACACCGCCAAGCUGACCGUGGUGGUGAAUAACAUCGCCGUCGCCGAGCAGAUCGGCGAGCUCUUUAUCCACUGCAAGUACGGGUGUCGGCCGGCCAGCAGCGGCAAGCCCGGCGCUUUCGAGGUGGAUCCGGUCGGCUGCCCCUUCACCAUCAAACUCAGUACCCGGAAGGACCAUGAGGCCGGCUGCGAUUACCGCCCUGUGCGCUGCCCCAACAACCCCAGCUGCCCGCCCCUGCUCACCAUGAACCUUGAGGCUCACCUGAAGGCCUGCGAGCACAUCAAGUGUCCACAUUCCAAAUACGGCUGUACCUUCAUCGGCAACCAGGACACAUAUGAGGCUCAUCUGGAGAUGUGCAAGUUUGAAGGCCUGAAGGAGUUCCUUCAGCAGACAGACGACCGUUUCCACGAGAUGCAGGUGGCGCUGGCCCAGAAGGACCAGGACAUUGCCUUCCUGCGCUCUAUGCUGGGAAAGCUAUCCGAGAAGCUGGACCAGCUGGAGAAGAACCUGGAGCUCAAAUUUGAUGUGCUGGAUGAGAACCAGAGUAAGUUGGGCGAGGACCUCAUGGAGUUCCGGAGGGACGCCUCUAUGCUCAACGAUGAACUAUCCCAUAUCAAUGCCAGGCUCAACAUGGGCAUCCUCGGCUCAUAUGACCCCCAGCAGAUAUUUAAGUGCAAGGGCACCUUUGUGGGGCACCAGGGCCCUGUGUGGUGCCUCUGCGUCUACUCCACCGGCGACCUGCUCUUCAGCGGUUCCUCAGACAAAACCAUCAAGGUCUGGGACACCUGCACAACGUACAAGUGCCAGAAGACUCUGGAAGGCCACGACGGCAUUGUACUGGCACUGUGCAUUCAGGGGAACAAGCUGUACAGCGGAUCAGCGGAUUGCACAAUCAUUGUGUGGGACAUUCAGACGCUGCAGAAGGUGAACACGAUUCGUGCUCACGACAACCCCGUGUGCACGCUGGUGUCCUCGCACAACAUGCUCUUCAGCGGUUCCCUCAAAGCCAUCAAGGUGUGGGACAUCAUGGGCACGGAGCUCAAGCUGAAGAAGGAACUGACGGGGCUCAACCACUGGGUCCGGGCGCUGGUUGCUUCUCAGAACCACCUGUAUAGCGGCUCCUACCAGACCAUCAAGAUCUGGGACAUCCGCUCGCUAGAGUGCGUCCAUGUGCUGCAGACAUCUGGGGGCAGCGUCUACUCCAUUGCAGUCACCAACCACCACAUCGUCUGCGGCACCUAUGAGAACCUCAUCCACGUGUGGGACAUUGAGUCUAAGGAGCAGGUGCGCACCCUUACGGGCCACGUCGGCACAGUGUACGCCCUGGCGGUCAUCUCCACCCCCGACCAGACCAAAGUGUUCAGUGCCUCUUAUGACCGCUCCCUCCGGGUAUGGAGCAUGGACAACAUGAUCUGCACCCAGACCCUGCUGCGGCAUCAAGGCAGCGUCACAGCCCUGGCGGUCUCUAGGGGGCGCCUCUUCUCCGGAGCAGUGGACAGCACGGUGAAGGUGUGGACCUGCUGAGGGAUCAGUCUGUACCUUUUGAACGCCCACGGACAAACGUUUUUUCUGGGACUGCCUUUGACGGUUAUCGUGAUUAUUAAUCAACAAAGCCAAGUUGAUAAGUUUUUUUUUUUUGUUUUUUUUAAGGUCAUAUGUACUUGGUUGAUUUUGAAUCCUCGGCCUAUAGCCACGGCCGGGCUUUUGUUUAUCCGGAAACGGUCAGGGCCGUCGGAUCCCAAAGGCCCCUGGUGUCAGUACCUCCUGAGCGACAGGCUGCCCCUCAGACCUGCAAAGAACGUCAGCACCGGGCCCAGUUUCCAUCCGUUGGCCACAGGGGCUAAACUGAGGUGUCUGCCUUACCAGAUAACGCCUACGAAUGACGCUGGCCUUGCCUCCCCCGCCCCCAACCUUUUCCUGGUGACGCACUCCUUCCUGAAUGGACGCCAUUGGUCCCCCCCCCCCCUCCCACUCCUACCUCCCCCCAACGGGCCACAGCGGAUGAAGGACAACAGCUUUAUCGUAUUAUCUGUCAGAUUUAAAUGUGGGGAAAAAGAAUCAUCUCUUUGUAAACAUGUAUUAACACUCCAUUCUUAAGUGAAACAUCUGCAGGUUUUUUUUUAAUGUGCAGAUCUUGCAUCUGGCAGUAAAUGAAGCUCUUUGGAGGGGGGAUUCAGCUGUUGUCUGUACUGAAGCGAGGCCUUGAUGGCAGACGUGUGUAACGCUACAUGAAGGAUUUCUGCUGUCUGCCGUUACGUCUUUGUGCAUUUACUGCGCAAAGGAACUGUUUCGUUUUUCGUUAUUAUUUUUUUUAUGAAAAAUUUUUUUGCACCUGUUGGUCAUUUCUGAAGUGUUCCUGAGGAGAGGCCGACGUUCCACACUCCGCCUUCCGGAAUGGUCCAAGUGGCCACUUUAACCCAAUCGUGGAAAACCAGUUUUAAAUAUACGGUGCUGCUGUUCAUUUUAGUUUUCGUUUACUUCUUAAAGAGAUGUGUUAAGUGACACGUGCAGUAUUCCCUGCAACCCCGGCGUUCUCCCUGAUCAGUGUUUUAACGGUUCUCUUGUGGCUGAUGGGGCAGGGGUGCGGCAGCUGCAGAAGUGUCCGGAAGUUCACUUCGUACAGGGCCGUGCGGCGCCCUGACGGUUCACGGUCGUGCUGCCAGGCCGGGCUGUGCUCAGAGUGGCUCAUAUCCUCGAGAGAUACACUAUUCUGCAGUGCCAAUGACAGGAUUUAUUUUCACUUUUGCGCUUUUUACUGUGGAGGUCCGGUGUCAGGUACGAUUUCUGUUUCUGCGGGCGGGUCAGUCGUUUGGGAGGGCGCCGCUGUGAUUGUCCUGUGACAUUAUUGUACAUUCACUUGUAUACUUUAUCAUGACUUUACCAUUAAAGCUGUAUACACACGCCCCCUCCCUUUAUGUCAUGGUGGGGAUGUUUAA